AUGGAUGGCUUAAUUGAACAGAAGAGCAUGCUGGUGCACAGUAAAAUCAACGAUGCCAGCAAGAGGAAUGGCUUAAUUAACACUAGGAACUUCAUGGCCGAGAGCAGAGAUGGCCUGGUGUCUGUUUACCCAGCGCCCCAGUACCAGAGCUGCCGGAUGGUGGGCAACACAGCAUCGGCCACCCUGGACGGCAGCAGGAAUGAGCCAAUCCAGCAGCUGCUAGAUCCCAACACUCUGCAGCAGUCGGUAGAGUCCCACUACCGUCCCAACAUCAUCCUCUACUCCGAGGGCAUGCUGCGCUCCUGGGGGGAUGGCAUGGCUGCCGACUGCUGUGAGACCACUUUCAUUGAGGAACGGUCACCCACCAAGGAGAGCCUGGAGUACCCUGAUGGGAAGUUCAUUGACCUCUCUGGCGACGACAUCAAAAUCCAUACCCUCUCCUAUGACGUGGAGGAGGAAGAGGAAUUCCAGGAGCUGGAGGUCAGAGGAUGUAAAGGAGAGGCCAGCGGGCCUCAAGAUGUGAGGGAAAGCCUGGUGCAGAGAGAUGAGUGGAUCAGGUCUUCUACGGGCAGGCUGCCCACGGAAAACCCCUACGUGGACAUCAGUGGACCCCUGGGGCCCGCCCCAGUUGUGCAGAGCGACUAUUCCAGUGACACAGAGAGUGAAGACAAUUUCCUUAUGAUGCCCCCACGGGACCACCUGGGCCUCAGCGUCUUCUCCAUGCUCUGCUGCUUCUGGCCUUUGGGCAUUGCGGCCUUCUACUUGUCCCACGAGACCAACAAAGCCGUGGCCAAGGGGGACUUCCACCAGGCCAGCACCAGUUCCCGGCGGGCCCUGUUCCUGGCUGUGCUCUCCAUCACAAUCGGAACUGGCAUCUACGUGGGUGUGGCUGUGGCCCUCAUCGCCUACCUCUCCAAGAACAACCACCUAUGAGCUUCCUCCAGGCGCCCAGGGGAAGAGCUGAGGCCAGUUGGAUGCAGAGAAAGCAGAGCUGGCAAGGGUGGACACAUAGGGAGACACACCUGUGUGAUGCUGUACAGUAUACAUUAUUGCCAGGUGACUCCAUAAAGCCCUGGAAUUUUGUACCCAUGGAUUUCUUUUGUUUUUGCCCUUUAAUUUCCUUUUCACAGCACUGUGUAGAGCAUGAGGAAGGUGGGCAGUGCUAAUCCUUCCAAAUGGAAGCUCCAAAGAUCCUGACCCGCAAGGCUGUCUCUGGGUGGAUUCUGGUGAACUGCAGCCUGCCAGUGCCAGGAACGCCAUAGCAGUAGCAAUAUACAAACAGUACAAAGUGUGUUUAUUUUUUAUGGAAUACAGUGCAAUAGGUAGAGGGCAGGGGCCAUGUCACUCUUCUGUCUGUGGCCCUGCCUCACUCCUCUGGCAUUCCCCCAGUCCCUGUGCCUUCCCUGCAGGAAGAAAAUGGGCCUGAGCAGGAAGAGAGACAAAACAGCUGCUGGCAGGACCCCAGCUGGUCUUCAGACGGGUCCAGCCCUGAGAAUGCAAAGCCAGAAGAGCGUGGGACCUGUCCCCAGGCCCAGUGUCUCAUUCCCUCCAUGUUGUCCCCAGCCUAGAAACAUGGGGCCUCCUUCACAAGGUGUCCAAACUCAGCAGCCACCACGCAGCAAUAUGCAGUCUUGGGGCCUUGUGAUCUGGUGGGGGAGCAGGGCACAGUCCCUCCCCAGACUCUUUCCAGGACCCCAUGGCUUGCUCCAGGAGGUCCAAGCAAAGGAGCUGUGGACACCAGCUCAGCGUAAAGAGGCCUGUGUGGACACUCACCCUGGCGAUAAGCAACGACACUAGUGAUCUUAAAAAGAAGAUGAACCUUCU